UCGCGCGCAUGUGACCCCAUCUCAUAAGAGCUGGCCACGCAGCCUCGGAGCCAGUAGCCACAACCACGCAGCCGCCGCCGCGCACGUACGAGCACACACAACUCGACCCUCGGCGUCGGCGUGCGAGUGAGCUGUGUGUGUGUGUGUGGUACGUGACGCGCAGUUUCCAUGGCACAGUCCAUGCUCAUGUCGACGAGCGUGAGCGGCGGCCGCGCGCUGCAGUCGCUGCAGGCCUUUCGGCCGGCGCCGUACCCGCGGCUCGCGUUGCCGUCGGGCUACAGGCACGCCAAGUCCGUCUCCGUCAAGACCCUGGCCAUAUUCGGCAGGUCCAAGGCCAAGGCCGCGCCGGCGAAGAAGGCUCCUGCACCCAAGCCGAAGGUUGAGGACGGUAUCUUCGGCACGUCGGGCGGGAUCGGUUUCACCAAGGAGAACGAGCUGUUUGUCGGGCGUGUUGCCAUGCUUGGCUUCGCCGCAUCGCUACUUGGAGAGGCCAUCACAGGAAAGGGCAUCCUGGCCCAACUGAACCUGGAGACGGGCAUCCCCAUCUACGAGGCGGAGCCCCUCCUCCUCUUCUUCAUCCUCUUCACCCUCCUCGGCGCCAUCGGCGCUCUCGGAGACCGUGGCAGCUUCGUCGACGAGGCCACAGGCCUCGACAAGGCCGUCAUCCCGCCCGGCAAGGGCUUCCGCGGUGCCCUCGGCCUCAGCGAGGGAGGGCCGCUGUUUGGGUUCACCAAGUCGAACGAGCUGUUCGUGGGGCGGCUGGCGCAGCUGGGGGUUGCCUUCUCCAUCAUCGGUGAGAUCAUCACGGGAAAAGGCGCGCUGGCGCAGCUCAACAUCGAGACCGGCGUGCCCAUCAACGAGAUCGAGCCGCUCGUCCUCUUCAACGUCCUCUUCUUCUUCGUCGCCGCCAUCAACCCCGGCACUGGCAAGUUCGUCAACGGCGAAGACGAAGAGUAGGCUGGAGGCUGCGGUUGAUGAUUUGCAAUUGAUUGGGGGCGUCGCUGUGCGUGUGCGUGUUUGUUGUGUAUUACGUGAGAGACCUUGAAGUUGGGUAGGAUGUUGUCUUGUAAAAACAAGAGCUUAGCUAAUAUGCAAUGGUUGCAUGUGUGUUCUAGCUUCAGAUCA